AUGGCUACAGCGAUACGUUCGGUACGUUUCAGUGACGACCUGCCCAGCGUAGCUUAUAAUCAUGUGACGGUACCAAGUGGAGUCGAAUUUCAGACGCCAACUUUACAAACAGUGGUACUUGAGCUUCCCCGCGUGUAUGAUGAUGCGCUUUAUACGCCAUAUGAUAUCUAUACGGCAGCCAGCAUGGGCGAUAUUCCAACUGUUGAGACACAGCUGGCGUCGGGUUUUGAUGCUAAUCGCUUGAAUGGCAGUGGCUGGAGCUCACUAAUGUACGCUGCAUAUCUGGGGCAUGAAGCAGUUUGUGCGCUUCUGCUAAAAUCCGGUGCUUUGGUGGAUUUAUGUAAUCAGAACGGACAAACGGCUCUUAUGCUUGCUGCCACUUGCGGGAAUUUGGCCGUUGUACGGUUACUGUUAAAGAAAGGAGCUACAACUGACAAGCAAGAUAAGGCGGGCGAUACCGCAUUAGCUUAUGCAACGGCCUGCUCGCAAACCAGUGUAGCGGAAGCUUUGCUGGACAGUGGCGCCGACCCAAAUAUACCAAACGAGGCCGGUAUGACACCAACACUGACCGCAUGCUGUGUUGGACAUGAACUUACCCUGCUUGCACUGCUUCAGAAUGGCGGUGACGCGAAGCGAAAGAAUGCUCGGGGCGAAGAUGGCGAAGCACUGGCAUUUGACAACCCUAAAGCAAUCGCUAUUUUAAGAGAUCCACCAGCGAACAAAAGGAGCAAAAAUGACUUGACAAAGAGAGCGGUGGAAAUAAAUUCAUUAACGGAUUUGUUAUCACGACUCAAACUCGAGAAAUACAUAGAGACAUUUGAAGAUGAAAAUAUCGAUUUGAAUUUAUUCCUGGAGCUAAAUGACGCUGACUUGACUGAAAUCGGAAUCAAAGCAUUUGGUCCACGAAAGAAGAUGCUUAACGUGAUACAGCACUACCGUACUAGUGGAACAUUUCUACUAUGCAAUGAGGAUGUCAAACCGCUGCCAAAUUCCCCGUGUAGAGAAAGGGGCCAGUCAGAAGUGCAUUCCAAGCAGGUAACCAACGAGCUGAUGGAAUGUCAACAGCAAUUGUCGGAAUGUCAAUAUGAGUUGAAAAAAGCUCGAAAUUUAAUGAAUGUGCAUCUAACGACGUUGAAUUCCAUUUGCGAAGCGUGUCGGCAGUCGAGAAGGAUAGCACACACAAUGCUUGAAGAAAUCCGGCAGACACACGGUGCGAACGGCACGCUAGAAAAAGAUGUGCUUGCUGUGAUCAAAAAUAUUGAUAAUAUUUUGAUGAAAAUGCUGGAACUUCCACAGCAGUAA